AUGUCGAAUAUCUUAGGCCUCACGGAAACCCAUCUGACUCUCCCCUUCGCAGGCGACUUCUUAGUUCCAAUCCCGGACGAAGAACAACUCUGGGGCCUAAGCCCCAUCUCCCCAAUGACUCACUCAACAUGGGACCCCAGCAAGAUCGACUCAGCCUUCGCUCCUCACUCCGCCAUGGAGCGCGAUCUCAAAAACGCCCAAGUCCGUAAUGGCCAACCAACCCCUCCCCCCUACGACGAACAACAGCAAUCAACCGACCACCUACCACACUCCCUCUCAGCCCUAGACAUGACAUUGAGUAUGAGCAUGGACAGAAACGCAAGCGCGUGCGCCUCAAAGCGCCGCCGCGCCCGCGAAUACACGGCAGCGGCAGCAAGCCUAAGCCCAGAACUAGACCUAGACGACGGCGGACCAAUGGACAGCGCGAAGCGCGCAAAAUUCCUCGAGCGCAACCGUCUAGCCGCCAGCAAAUGCCGCCAAAAGAAGAAAGAACACACCCAGCAGCUGGAAUUCCAUUUCAAGCACCAAAGCGAGAAACAUUCAGCUCUCAUGACGGAAAUCGCUCGACUGCGCUCGGAGGUCUUAGGGCUGAAAAAUGAAGUCCUGAAACACUCCCAGUGCGGAGAUGAACCAAUCAAAAUGCAUCUUGCGCAGAUGCUGAAGAAAAUCACUGAUGUCGAUCGUCAGCCUUCGGCUACUACCACUGCUGCUGUUACUACUGCGGCGACAUUGCCGGACUCGCCUGUUGCCUUGCCGGGGAAUUCGUCUGUCUCUGUCUCGCCGCUUGAGCCGUCUGCUCCUGUUACUACUGCUGCAAUUGCGGCCGCUAUUGCGGUGCCGGUUUCUAUAGCACAGCCUGGGCAGGCGGCGUUGUCGUUCGGAUUUGAUGAUCCUUUGCAUUUGGAGCCUGCGGCUCAGGCUGCUGCGGAUGCUUUUGAGCAGCAGAUGCGGAGGGAUUCGGAGGCUUCGCUUGUUUCUGAGGCUUCUUUUGCUUUUUCCGCCGAGGAGAGCUUUGAUGAUUUGAUUAAUGUUAAUGGUUGA